AUGACUCAAGCUCAGGGUUUUAUAACUUCCGAAUGGACAAAUGGACUAACUUUGAAUUCACGUGGAAUACAUGUUGCCAAACUCCCAGCAUGUAAUUUUAAAACACAACCAGCAAUUAUUCUUAUGGAAAAUGACAAAUUACAAUUAAAGCUAAGAUUUUCUGCCGAACGAAAAACUACUUUUUUGUUAAAAAAUCACAUUGACCCGAAUGCAGCUAAUUUAGAGCAGAUGACUUUGAUUUCUAACAUCGAUAAUAUUUUUGAUUUUUCGAAAAACCCUUUAAAUGAUGAGUUGCCCGUAAAUGAUGUUUACAUUGAAAUUCAAUAUCCCAGAAUCGUUUUAGAAUUUAAUGUAGAGGCUGCAAACCCGUUAGAAAGGUUAAUAGGCGAUGUGAAAAAGGCAGUGGAGCAUCAUAAUCCGUAUCAAGAAUUAAUUGAAAUAUUCAAAAUUUAUGGAUUUUUCUUACCUAAGAAGGUCGUCCUUGGACAUAAAUUAUACAGAGUAUUUCAUUUAAAUGAAAACAAUUCAGAUAAACAUAAAAGAAACCAAAAAGAAUAUAUGGUAUUUGAUGAUUUCCUGUUAAAACAUAAAGAGAUUUUGAAUCGGUGGGAAAGCUGCGUAGAAUCCCAUAAUUUUGAUACAAACUAUUUGUUAUCAACAAAUGGAAAAAUAGUUAUGAGAAGUGACUUUAAUAAUUUUAUUUCGUCUUGGUCAACAAAAGAUAUCGAUAUAAACUCAUUAUAUGUUGUCGAUUGGAACGAGUUAUUUCCGUUGUAUGAAAUAUUCGAUGAUUCUUUACGUCAGGAAAUAAAGUAUAUUCUUGGAAUUGAUGACAAGUCAAAAUUAUUUAGGAUUAAAGAAAAGAUUCUUACGGCGGGAGUGAUAUCGAUUAACGAUUCCGUUUGUUGUUACCAUGUGAACUUCCCUUAUUAUUUGGAACCUAAUGAUUAUAAAGUUUUUGGUAAACUUGAGGAAAAAAUUGGAAAAUCAAUCAAAUCAGUCGAACAGAUCAUUGUUAAAUUCAAAAAUAUGAGUACGUGUGGGUUCUCUGUAGAAAUUGAAAAUUUAAGUGAUAUCGGAAGCACACGAAACAUCUCCAUAUUAGGUUUGGGGCAUGUUUCAUUUAAACCAGAAGGAUCCAAUUGGAGUGGCCAGUUAAAAGUUAAAGAAAAUUUGCCAAAAGAUUCGAUUCUCGUUACGUCAUUUGAGUGCUUCCAACAGCCAAAUCGUAAACGAAAUUUCAUAACUAAUAUUCAAAGUUAUAACAAAAAAAACAAUGAAAUUAAUAUUACAGUUACUGACAUUAAAUAUUCUGACAACGAUAAUUUUGAAAAUCAAUUAGAUUACUUACUUCAAUGGUGUAUCAUUCUUCCUAUACAUCAGAAAAUUGAUAGCACAAAUGAUAAUUCAAUUCUGACUGUGACUACAGCUCAUUUAAAAUCAUUAGGUCAGAAUAUUUAUGCAAGUAAUCAAUUUGACAUUGGGGCAGCAGCAUUAAUAUUCGGUAAAGAUGAAGAUAAAUAUGCAUAUGGGGAAUCUGUUCUAGUUACAUUUCAUGUGCAUUUACCGCCUAACAUUGAAAGGCACGGUGAACCGGUGAUAGUGGGUAAUUGUGAAGAAUUGGGAGGUUGGAAAAUGAUUACAAUUAAACUGACACAACCACAUAGACGAGAAUAUUCAACUUAUUGGCGAUCACAUCCUAUAGACAUUCGAAUAGGUAGGGAUGAUAUUAAAUAUAAGUAUGGUAUCUUUAACCAAAGCAGGCGCAGCAUAGAUUAUGAAGGAGAGGGUGAGAUACAAAACCGCACUUUAGACACAAGAACAAAUGAUCAGUAUGACAUAUGGCAGAACAAUAAGAGUCAUGGUAUAUAUAAUCUUAGGGAGUUCGCAUUCGUUAAAUGCAUCUAUGAUGCAGUAAAUAAUGAAAACCUUAAAGAUAAGGACAAAGAAGAGAAACGGCUUUUUUUGUGUGUUCUCUUAGGGUAUCAUAUCAAGUACCGUAGGAACCCUUACAGUUUCAUUUCUCAAAUGCCAACACAUUUUCGAUCUGAUUGUUUACUUGAAGCACUCCAAUCUGUUCAAUAUAAUACAUUCACAUCUAAUAUUAAACCAAUAAUGAUUCCAGUUGUUGUUGCUUUAGUUCGUCAUAAUGCUACCGUAAGGAAAUCAUUUGAAUGGCUUAAGAUCUUUCGAGUAGCGCAGGUUCUUGAUCCCAAUUAUAGUUUUGUCGAUGGAUUUAUGAAUGUUUGCUAUGAUAGUGAACACAUAUCCCACUUAUUAAAGGAAUGGCCGAAAAUAGUUAUUCCGCACUUGGAUCAACUAGAUGAUCGUGUUUAUAACAAAAUUGGCAAGUGGUUGAUUUCUUUUUGCUCAAAUAUGGAGACUCUUAAUAUUAUAUGGUGUGAUUGUAUUUAUCAUACAUCAAGUAUUGAUCGUGAAAUUGCAAAUGAAAUCAACGGAUGUGUUUAUAAAAUUAUUGCUCAUGACAAUGCAAGUGCUUUGUACGCGAAUUUUAAUAAAGUUCUCCCUGAAUUUCUGGACAUGGUUGCUAAUCUUUUCCGUGAACGAAUAAUUAAUUUACUUAAGAGUCAGCAGGAUGAUUGGGACAAAAAUAGUUUGUCAGCGCUCGGGAAACUUCUUAAGGAUAAACAAUUAUAUUUUGAAAGAGAGGAUUUCCUUAGUGCUAUAAAUUGCAUUUCUCAGUCGACAGUUUUUAAUUUAUUGAACAUGUUUCCAGAGCUUUUAGAAUAUUGGAUUUACUCUAACUUUCACAAUACUAGAUCAUCAGAGGUUACAAACAUAUGCCAACAAUGGUUUACACGUACCAUAUCAAUGCUGAAUUAUAAUUAUAGCAUGCCAUUAAAUGAAGGGAGAAGAUUUAUAUGUGUUAUUUAUGAGCAUAUAACACGCUUGCAGUCUUUACUUUCAGAUAAAUCAAAUAUUUACAAGACAUUGAUACGUGUUGCUGACGAAAAAAUUAAAAAAUGUUCACAUAAUCAUAUUCUCUUUGCAACAGUUCAAGUAGCGACGCUUAACAAAUCUAUUACCACUCAGUUUUAUAAUUUGAUAAUUGAAAAUGUUCUUGUUGCUAGAGAUAUUCGAAGUAUUAAUAACAAUCUUAUGGAAAUGAUAUGUUUGAUUUGUGGACAAAAUAAUCAAAUAAAUUUAGAAAAUUUAGAUGUUCCAAAUAGCAUUAGUGAAAACUUAUUAUGCCAUAUUAUGACUUGUUUGGAAAGCCAUACAUCUCAAAUUAAUUCUACUGAACAACAAUUGGAUCUUAUUAAGCAUGCGAAUUUCUGGCGAGUGAUUUUUGAUGCAAGAGGCAAUGUAGCAAUUUUACAUAAACAUUCCUAUGCUACAAAAAUACGCACAACCAUUUCUAACUUAGCAGGCUCGAUUGUUGAUAAAACUAUCGAUAUUAAAACAUUACAAGCAAUUUUAUCAAAACAUGACGAUCGUCAAUUAUCCGAAUGCCUUAAUGUUCUUCAUAGUCCUAAUGCCAAAAAAACAUUUCAAAGUGUAAUUAUUUCCGAAAAUAAUAUUUUAGCAGUUCGCAAUGAGUGUAAGACAUAUGAAAGCAGGUUAAGAUGUCUUAAGGCUUUUUAUAGAACUUUUUGUCCAUCAGAUAAAGUUGUAGAUUCGGAUGUAUACACUAUUGAUUUAGAGGGGAAAUUAAAGAUAUUGUCAAAAGUUCAGCUCAAGGAAGCAUUAUCUUCACGCUACUGGGAGCGUCAUGAAGAUUUAAUUCAGAAGGUGGCAGAAGCAUGCAAAUUUGCAAAUUUCAAAACUUUUACUAACAUGUUUGAAACACAUUUAAGUCAAAUUACUGGUGAAAUACAAUUUGAUUGUGAUACCAAUGCUUUAAUACCUGCUGUGCGUGAAGAAUAUAUUAAAAUAUUCAAACAAUAUAAAGAUAAGAAAUGGAAAGGCAUUAAAUAUUCUGAAGCAUUCCCUUUAUGGAAGAAUGUUGACGAUAUAAAGAAAGAAUUGGAAUUAAUUAAUGAGGUGGUUUAUUUGGGUAGAAAUAAUCAUGAACUAGAAAUUUCUAUAAGAAACCUCACUGCUAUACCAAAAUGGGAAGAACGAAUUCAAAAAUUAUCUGCUGUUGUUGAGAUUUUUCAUGUUCCCGUUAAAACUGAGGAUUGGCUAGGAAGAUCUUUGAAAAUUUUAAGAGAAGACGUGUUAGUUUUAGGAAAGGUGGUCGAAUUUGUGAAAUAUUGUAAAGAUCAUAACCAAACUGAUAAUGAAAAUUAUUGGUCAUUGAUUAAAGAGUUAUCAUCUGCUAGCGAUCUUUUGGAAUUUCUUCAAGACAUAGCUGAAAAUGAUAUUAAAAAUUUAUUUAAUGGUGCAAAUGACUACUCUGAUGAACGGUUAAUCCAAGCAGAUACCGUGUCAUCACUCAUUCAAGUUAAGCAGUUGGUCGUCCAAUUAAUGAAUAAAUCCAACAAAAUUGAUGAAUUUUUGAAAGUUUUACUUAAAAAUAGUCAAGAAAAUCCAUCUUUGCCUAAUAAAAUCACUAUAUGCGCUGGCUCUAAUAUGGCUUUACAAAACAUGCUUCGGAAUAUCUCAAAUAGAGGAGAAGUGACAAAAGAGAAGAUCCAAAACGCUGUAUUAAGGGGAACUUAUACUUUUGAAAAAGAUGACAAGAGUGAUAAAUUUAAUGUUACACUAGUAUAUCAAGCCAACAAAUCUGGAGAAAUGAAACACAUUAUGUCUGAUUUACUAGAUUUACGUGGACGUGCCCUACUGAUUGCCAAACCUGCUAAUAUUAGCACAGAUAUUGAAGAGGAGAAUUCAAGAAAUAUAAUGACCGAAUUUGUAUUACAAGUAGAUACUGCUCAAGAGGUUCUUAAUGUUGGAUAUAAACUUAUCCAGAUGGGACAUUUUGACUAUAGACGAUUUAAGAAAGAAAUUAGAGGCACUGAGAAAAGGUUUGGAACUACUGAUAUGAGGGACUUGUUAACAAAGCUUAAGGAAGACUUACAAAACUGGAAACAAGUAGUAGAUGAAGCACAAGAAGAGCAUUAUUAUUUAACAUUUUUCCCUGCUCGUCAUAUUCUCGCCUUUUAUGACUAUUUUACAUCUGAUGUGCAGGAUGAUGUAAAUACUGAGACCUGCAGGACUCUUAUAAAAUUUGUUAAUAGUAAAGCAGAGUUACCAUCUCGAAAAGAUCACUCAGUCAUUUCACGCAAAAACACUGAUUAUUCUCAUACACUUAAUGAAAUUGGUAAAAAAUUGCAGGCUAUUUUUGAAAACUUAUUAAAAACAUCGCGUGAACUUAAAGUUAGAGGUGACCGCAUUAUUUCUGACGUUGUCGAUAAAGGUAAAUUAUGUGUUGCCCAAUGUAACGAUCAAUUGCGUGUACCAAAUAUUAUUAUGAGCUUGUAUACUAACCAUGGCUCAUAUCCCGAACCAUGGCAAAUAUUAAUUUACACAAAAUCUACAACUAUUGAAGAGCUUAAUAUUCUUAUUAAGCGCUGCUUUUUUGCCGCAAAAAAUGGAUAUAAAAGAAU